GAUUGGGCGUGUGAGCUCGCCUUCCCCGGGAGAAAGCCAGACUCCAGGGUGGGAACGCAGGCUCUUCGGAGUGGGCCACAUCCUUGUGUUUGGGACACAUGAUCUCUUGAGGUUCCCUAUGCUGAGGUUGUCUUUUCUCAUCAGCUUGAUGUGCUUGGUGAAAUCAGACACUGACGAAACAUGCCCAUCCUUCACCAAACUGAGCUUCCCCAACGCAGUGGUUGGUACAGGACUCAAUGUGAGGCUGAUGCUCUACACAGAGAGAGGCCAGGUCUGCGCACAAGUCAUCAACUCCACAGCUUUGGGGAACUUAAAUGUGACCAAGAAAACCACCUUCAUUAUCCACGGCUUCCGGCCAACAGGCUCCCCUCCAGUUUGGAUGGAGGAGUUGGUGCACAGUCUGCUCCGUGAGCAAGAGAUGAACGUGGUGGUGGUUGAUUGGAAUCGAGGAGCUACGACUGUGAUCUACAGCAGCGCCUCUGCGAAGACCAGAAAAGUCGCUGAGAUCUUGGAGGAAUUUAUCAAACACAUGGUGGACAAAGGAGCAUCUCUGGACAACAUUUAUAUGAUUGGAGUGAGUCUAGGAGCCCACAUAGCUGGAUUUGUUGGAGCAGCGUACCCUAAGAAGCUGGGGAGAAUCACAGGUCUUGACCCUGCGGGCCCUUUAUUCAACGGGAGACCUCCGGAGGACAGAUUAGAUCCCAGCGAUGCACAGUUCGUUGACGUCAUCCACUCCGACACCGACGCGCUGGGCUACAGGGAGCCACUAGGACACAUGGACUUCUACCCCAACGGGGGACUGGAUCAGCCCGGCUGCCCCAAGACAAUAUUUGGAGGCAUAAAGUACUUCAAGUGCGACCACCAGAUGUCCGUGUUCCUGUACCUCGCAUCCCUGCAAAACAACUGCUCCAUCACGGCCUAUCCCUGUGACUCCUAUCGGGAUUACAGGAACGGCAAGUGUGUCAGCUGCGGCGUUGGACAAAGCAAGCCCUGUCCCCUUCUGGGCUACUACGCCGACAACUGGAAAAAAUACUUAGGAGAUCCUCCAAUGACGAAGGUGUUCUUCGACACAGCCGAGAAGAAACCGUACUGCAUGUAUCAUUAUUUUGUGGACAUUGUAUCUUGGAACAAGAGCGCAAGAAGAGGGUUUAUUACAAUCAAACUGAGAGGCGAAGAUGGACAUAUCACAGAAUCCAAAAUUGAUCACGAGCCAUCGACAUUUCAGAAGUACCAUCAAGUGAGUCUACUUGCAAGAUUUAAUCAAGAUCUGGAUAAAGUGACAGAAAUUUCGUUGUUGUUCUCCACAAAGUCGGUCGUGGGUCCAAAGUACAAGCUCAGAGUCCUUCGAAUGAAGCUGAGGUCCCUGGUCCACCCGGACAGGCCUCACUUAUGUCGCUAUGAUCUCAUCCUUAUGGAAAACGUUGAGACGGUCUUCCAGCCUAUUCGGUGCUCGAAGCAGCACAUGUAGCUGCUGUUAGAAAUGCGUGCAGUGGCGGCGUCUCUACAGCGACAGGCUCCUAAUGCCUCACCCUGCUGCGUCCUGAAGGCUUCAAAAGCACAGGAGAAAAAAAAAAAACCCAAGGUUAUUUUCGGCUGUUUUCCAUGGAUGUCACAUCACAAAAUGUCAAAAGACCUGUGGUUAUGAAACAGCGCUGGGAGGGGAGCCCCUAACUAGGGCAAGUCAGAAAUAGCCAGGCUCCCAGCAGCAGAGUACUCUGCCUGGGUGCAUCCUGAGGCCUUGCUUGCUCCAAACUGUCUGCUCUGCUCCUGCCAUACCACACCUCAGGGCCACGGGUCAAGCAGCUAAGAGUGAAGACUGGAGGCCUCACUGGAAUUCCGUGUUCCCUGUGCCCACCAACCCUCCAUCAUCCUGGCAGGAAGUGGAGAAUGAAGCAGACUACCUCAUGGGAACUGUGGGUUGGGAAUGCCAGGCUAUGAAGGGUUUGUGAAAUCCCUUGGGUCUACAUCUGUGGGAUGUGGACUGAUGUGAAUAUGCUUUUCCUUUGAUAGGGCCUAGCAAUCUUGUAUAAGCUACACAACCUUUCCUUUUCUUUCUUUCUUUCUUUCUUUCUUUCUUUCUUUCUUUCUUUCUUUCUUUCUUUCUUUCUUUUAUUAAUUACAGUUUAUUCACUUUGUAUCCUGGCUGUAGCCCCCUGCCCCACUCCCUCCCAAUCCCACACUCCCUCUUCUUCUCCUAUGCCCCUCCCCUAGUCCAAUGAUAAGGGAGGUCUUCCUCCCCUUCCAUCUGACCAUAGUCUACCAGAUAUCGUCAGGGCUGGCUUCUUUGUCUUCCUCUAUGGACUAGUAAGGCUGCUCCCUCCUUGGAGGUGAUCCAAGAGCCAGCCAUGAGUUCAUGUCAGAGAUGGUCCCUGGUCCUAUUAUUGGGGAACCCUCUUGGACACUGAGCUGCCAUGGGCUACUUCUGUGUAGGGGUUCUAAGUGAUCUCCAUGCAUGGUCCUUGUUUGGAGUAUCAGUCUCAGAAAAGACCCCUGGGCCCAGAUUUUUUGGUUCUGUUGCUCCCCUUGUGGAGCUCCUGUUCCCUCCAGGUCUUUCCAUGUCCCUCUCCUUUCACAGAUUCCCUGAACUCUGCCCAAAGUUUGGCUCUGAGUCUCAGCAUAUGUUUUGAUACCCUGCUGGGUGGAGUCUUUCAGAGGCCCUCUGUGAUAGGCUCCUGUCCUGUUCCCUGUUUUCUCCCUCUUCCCAUGUCUGUCUCAUUUGCCUUUCUGAAUGAAGAUUGAACAUCUUACCCAGGGUCCUCCUUCUUGCUUAGCUUCCUUAGGUGUACAGAUUUUAGUAUGAUUAUCCUAUAUUAUAUAUCUAAUAUCCACCUAUAAAUGAGUAUAUACCAUGUGUUUCUUUCUGUUUCUGGGAUUCCUCACUCAGGAUGAUCUUUUCUAGAUCCCACCAUUUGCCUGCAAAUUUCAUGAUUUCCUUGUUUUUAAUUUCUGAGUAGUAUCCCAUUGUGUAAAUGUACAAUUUCUGUAUUCCUUCCUCAACUGAGGGACAUCUGGGUUGUUUCCAGCUUCUGGCUAUUACAGAUAAAGCUACUACAAACAUGGUUGAGCAAA